ACGACACCCCGGCCGUGUAAGAAGGAGGGGGAGUGGGGGGGUGCUGGAGAGAGAACACGAAGUGACUGAGUGGAAAAAGGAGAAAAAGAGGGGGCGCAGAGAAAGAAGUGAGUUGGCUUCGGUACUUUUGUUCCUCCCCGAAGCGCGGCAGUUGUCAGGAGGAAGAUGCUGCCGCUACACCGGAGGACUCCAACAUGCGACACCGCCGCUGCUGCAGCGACAGGAGUGAAAAUUUAAACUCGCCACAUUCCGUUGCUCCAGAAGCGGCCAACGGCAGCACAGACUGACUCCUUCAAACUUUCACCAUUCAGCCGGACCGGACUGGAUUUGCCCCCUCCUCCCCCACAGCUCCAGAGGCUCUGGGACAACUUUACUGAUUUAAACCAGCAACUUUCACAGUGAAUCCGUGUGUUUUAAACUCCAUUCGGGUUUUUUUUUUCUCGGCUCUUUUUUUGGCUAGAACAACACCGGGGGGUGGAAGGCGAGCGGAGCCGCUGCUAACUCAGCUAAAAGCUACCGUCUGAAGUUCCCCGUCGACGGGAUUGGUGACGGAGGGAGCCGCCGAAGACUUCGACAAAGAUGAAAACCCCGGCAGAGACGGGGUUCGCCUUCCCAGAGUGGGCUUACAAGCCGGAGUCGAGCCCGGGCUCCAGGCAGAUCCAGCUGUGGCAUUUCAUCCUGGAGCUGCUGAGGAAGCAGGAAUACAACGACGUGAUCGCCUGGCAGGGCGACUACGGCGAGUUCGUCAUCAAGGACCCGGACGAGGUGGCCCGUUUGUGGGGGGCCCGGAAGUGCAAACCGCAGAUGAACUAUGACAAGCUGAGUCGGGCUCUCAGAUACUACUACAACAAGCGGAUCCUCCACAAGACCAAAGGGAAGAGGUUCACCUACAAGUUCAACUUCAACAAACUGGUUCUCGUCAAUUACCCCUUCAUCGACAUGGGCUCUGGUCGUGGAGUCCCUCAGAGCGCGCCCCCCGUCCCGACUGGAGGGACACAUUUCCGCUUCCCGCCCUCCACCCCGUCUGAGGUUCUGUCCUCCAGCGAGGAGCUGCGCAGCCCCGGCAUGUUCAGCACCGUGGCGCGCCGCAUGGCCCGCGGCUCCGUCAGCGACUGCAGCGACGGCACCUCCACCAACUCCGAGCUAGAGGAGGCGGCGGCGGCCGAGGAGCGCGCCAUCGGGCCCGACCGGGCCUUCCGGGGGCUCCUCGCCCCCCGCCUGCCUCAUGAGUCCCUGUUCAGGUUCUACGGGGGUCACCCGACCCCCGCGGGGUUACCCAGGCCCGCGCCCAGGGUCCACCCCGACCCUCUGUCCCCGUUCCCUGUGUCGCCCCUGCCCGGGCCCGGAGGACUGCUGUCCCCCGCCCUGUCCAUGACCACCACCCCCCACCUGGCCUACACCCCGUCCCCCUCCCUGUCGUCCCCCAUGAUGGGCUCCCACUUCUCCUUCAACCCGGAGGACAUGAAGCACUACCUGCAGGCCCACACCCAGUCCGUUUACAACUACCACCUCAGCCCCCGGGCCUUCCUGCACUACCCCAACAUCAUCGUCCCCCAGCCGCACCGCCCCACCCCGGAGAAGCCCGCCCCCCACCACCUGCAGGCCCCGCCCAUGCCGCUGCCGCUCGGCCAGCAGCCGGCCGACGACGCGCACGCCUCGCCGUUCAAGUUCAAGCUGCAGCCGCCGCCUCUCGGCCGCAAGCAGAGGGAGGCGGGGAGCUCUCUGGCCGCCGCCUCCUCCUCCAACCACGCUUCCUCGUUUACCGGCGCCGGUCCAAACGCCGGCUCUGCUGCAGGAGGAGUGCCGCCGAAGAUCAAGGUGGAGCCGGUCUCCGACCUGUCUGAGGAAGAUGUGGAGGUGACCGACAUCAGCGAGGAAGACGAGCUGAACCCCAACAGCGAGGAUGAGGAGGGAGAGAUGUUCCCCCCUCUUCCUCACAGCCGUCACCAUCAUCAUCACCAUCUGAAGAACGGGAGCGGCAGCAGCUUGUCCGCUCCUCAUCCAGAGGAAGACCCCGACGAUGACGAAGAGGUGUUCAAAACUCCCGCCACUCCGCCUCCCGGCGGCGGCGCCACCUUCCCGCUGACGGGCCUGAAGACCGAGCCGGGCCAGGCGGCGGCGGCGCCAGUCAGUCCCGGCGGAACCCGCUGCAUCCCGCUCAAACUGCGCUUCAAACGCCGCUGGAGCGAAGACCAACGGAUGGAGGCGGACGGAGACCGGGACGAGGCGGAGGACAAGAAAGUGAGAGGAGAGGGGGAGGACCAGGAAGACGGGAAGAGAGAGGGAGAGGAGGAGAGCGGCGGAGGAAGAGGAGUGAUCCUGGGUCUGAUGCUGCCGCCGGCACCGACCCAACGCAGAGCGAGCUCCGAGCUGCAGAGAGCUACGGCGCAGCUGUCGCUGGAAAACGCCAGCUGCUGAAAAACAAACCCAACGUGGCGGGUUCUGCAGAUACAGACGUUCGGCCGGAGCCGGAAAUCUGGCUUUGGUAAACGUAGCAGGUUUCAUAUGUUUUUAAGAAAACCAGAACCAACAGUUUUGUUCUUUGCUUUUAGCUGAACUCAUUUGGGUCGUUUGCAGGAAGAUUUGUGCAAUAAUUCACAAAUUCUGGCUUCAGUUGCCUAAAUCAGGUGUCCAAAAUGUGGCCUGAGGGCCAUUUGUGGCACUCAAGGUGAUUUGUGUGGCCCUCAACCAAAAUACAAAAAUUGCACAAACUUAAUAGUCCAGCUCAGUGUUAGAGGUUAAACAAGUCAUUUAAAAAAAAGAUAUGAAUUAAAGUUUUCUAAAUAUGGAAGGCACAACACAAAGUAUGCAUUUAAUUCAAUUUUAUAGAAAACAAAACAACAAAUAUUAAGAUCUUUUUGUCUGAAGACUUUAAUGCAAACAUUUUUAAAGAAUGAGCAAUCUAUUUUCUGUUUUUGUUGCUCAGAAUAAGCAAAAAGUCCAAAGAUAACAGAAAAAACAUCAAUAUUUAAGAUUUCAGUUAAUUUUUUUAAACAGAUUUUGUGUUUCAGAUCAACAAUUAGUCAAAACUCCCUCUUCUGUUACAUCAGACAUUUUUAUUUUAAUAAAUGUUGUGCUCACUGCAAAAAUACAAAAUCUGACCACGUUUUUCAGAUUCUCAGUGCAAAUGUUUUAGUUCAGUUGAAAUAAGACUAAACUAACAUGCAAGUAACAUUUCAUCACAAAAUAGAUUUUUUUCAAAGUCAAUAAUUCCUUUAUAUUGAUGAAAAAGUCCCACUAUCAGAUUGUUUCACUUAUAAAAAUAUUUUUCCCAUGUUAUACAUGUAAUUUGUACUUUUUUUAUCAAUAUUAAAGAAUUAUUUAAUAUCAGACAAGCGCUUGGAUCUUGUUGUAGAAUUAUUUGUAAGUUAGUUUUGUCUUAUUUAAACUAUAUAUUUACUACACCAAAAUUUCUUAAGUUUGUUUUUUGCAGUGUACUUAUUUGUCCAGAUAAAAACUGAACAUUUAGCAGUUUUUGAAAUAAUUUUAAUUUAAAAUGUUUUAAAAUUCAAUCUCACGUUGGCCUCACUUACUUUCAACUUGACAAUUUUAGUCAAAAGUUUCUAACUGAGCUAAAUGAACAAAUCCUCUUCCUCCAUGCGACGCAGCGACCCGACUGGAGCAAAAACAAGGAACAAAACGAGCUGUUUGUGCAGAAUCAUGUUGAAAUCAUGGUGUUUGCUUGGCAAAAACAGCCGGACCUGCUCUGGGACACAUCACGUCUUUAACACUAAAACUCAGACUUUGACCCCCCUACAGAGUUGCCUCGGUCCACUUCUGAUCACAAUCGUGCCCAAAUCCAGUCGAUAAAUGUUCGGUGGAGGCGACCGGACGUUGGGAGUCGCCUCUGGUUCUCGUUUUUCUUCUUUAACCCAACGUGGAGCCGACAGAUCCUGAUGUUACUGAAGAAUCAGCCGCCUGUACAGAGAUUCUAGAAGUGCCUGGAAGACGCCCCGUCACUACAGAUUAUAAUGCAGAAGAAGAAGAAAAAAAGCAUCGAUUGGUUUGGUCUGGAAGAGACGCCAUCUUCCUCUCCAGUUUCGCCAAUGAGGGCAUUUUCAGCGUUGUUGCCUUCAACUUCACCCAUCAUCAGCUUCUUCUAUUUUUUUCAUAUAUAUAUAUAGAUAUAUAUAUAAACAUAUAUAUAAAAUAAAAAUACUUAUUUUUUUCCUCUGGAUUUAAAUGGACAGUAUUUUUCGGGCAUUUGCAGAGACGAUAAACUGAUUAGUGUCUGUUGGGGCAGGGAGGGAAACAUAAUGAAUGUGGAGCAUCCAGGCUAACUCAGGCAAACCUUUGCUGAGAUUUUAAAAAAAAAGUAUAUUUUUAACAUAUAAAAAAGAGAUUGUGCCCAUUUUAUCAAUCAGAUUUAAAAGAGAUUGUGCCUUUUUGACAGUUUUCUCCCCCAGGAACAUGUAUUAUCUCUCAGAAAACCACCAUGCCUUCGGCUUUUUGUAAAACUAAACGUAUAUAUUUUAUUGAAAUAUAUAUUAGAAUCAGAUAUUCUAUUUCAAUAUGGUCAUUUGAUACGAAUUAGCUAAAUCCUCCUAUUUUUAAUAGCAAAGAUGUGUAUAUAAAUAUAUAUUCUGAUGCAGCUGCGGCGACCCAGAUCCGGCGGCUCGCUCUGAUUGGACGGUCAGGACUUUGGUUUGAGACUCGAGCAGCUACAACACACAGCGUCCUGGUUAGCGCGGUUACAAUAAAGGGAAACAUGACAUCACAUCUGACAUUAGACGCCUCCGCAGUUGCAGAAACUACACCCAAACACACACACACACACACACAGGAAACCUCAGAGCGACAAGGGACUUCCCAUAAUCCCUCAUUCUGUAUGUGUGCGCGCUCUGUGGUUACCCCGUCUACAAACAUCCAGCUUUUUCGUGAAAAAGGCUCAACAUUUGUCAUUUUUAAAUAGUUCGUUGCCUCAUUCCUGAUUCACCAAACCGUUCGGAGACGUUUUCAGGACUAAACCACCUGAACUGUUAGACCUGUGCUGCCUUACAGCCUCUUCUCUUUCCUCCAUGCAUUACUGUUACUCCUGUAAUGAUUUAUAUUAUUAACAUGACUACUUUAUGAUUAUGUCGUACCCUCGUGCCGCGGCCCAUUCUCUUCCCCAUGAAUUCCCAGUUUAUGAGUUCUUGCACUCUUUUUCUAACCGCAGACAGCAGCAGGAGGAGGGUUGGAUAAAACUCAUACAGCAGGGGGAAGAAAUCUUUUUUUUUUCUUGUUUUUUUAGUUGUUUGUAUAUAUAUUUUUCAUUAUGGUGGAUUCUGUAAGGAAAAAAACGAGUGUUGUACUGUUUAACAUUUUUAACAUUUGUAUUAUUUGACACCUUUUUUCUUAUCCUCUCCGUCUCUCCUCAUGUUCUUGUUAUUUUCACUCCGGAGGAGAGGCAGGGCUUUUUAUUUUAUUUUAUCAUGCUUCUGUUUCCAUUCUGUAUCUGUUCAUCUGCAUUUGUAAUUAAACAAUAAUCAGGGUUCAUUAAAAAGGUGAAAAUGGUCA